AUGCCUACCGAAGCUCAGAUCGCCGGCGGCCACAAGGCCAACCUGAACAACCCCAACACCUCCCAGGAGUCCAAGCAGCACUCCAAGGAGGUUCUCGACAACGAGUUCAACGGCGACAAUGUCGCUGGUGCUGGUGACAACGUCGACAAGAACCCUGGCAAUGUUGCUGGUGGCCUCAAGGCCACUGUCAAUAACCCCAACGUCUCCCAAGAGGCCAAGGAGAGCGCCAAAGAGCGCCUCAACCAGAUGUAA